GCCGGGCGCCCGACGGCGACGUUGUAGUGCUGAACGCGGUCCAGAAGCAGGAGGCGGUAGAACUGGCCCAAGUACACGGGGUACAGAAGAACAUGACCGUAAUUGUGUCUGACACACCUGACAACGACCAAACGACGGCAGCUAACGGCGACGACACAUCCCAGUGGGUAGCGGUCGUCAAAGGAGGCCGGCCGAGCAUGAAGAAACUGGAGUGCACCAACCUUCAAGGGGCCAAGAUUGACGCACCGAAACACGAAGUGGAAGGCCCUGAGCCGCCUGCUGUACGUGCCACGACCACGGUACGUGUGACAAUGGUCAAGGAAUUCAUGACAGACGCGCAAUGGAAGACGGCCCGCCAGCGGCCCGGCGCCGUGGCGACGGGAGAUCUCGAUAAGGACGCCAUCCUGGCAGCGGAAGCCUUCUCUGAGGUACUCGAAGCAGGAAAAUUGGUAGCCCUGAUUGGGUACCUCACGGUCGCCGCGGCUGGGCUGGCCCCAGUGCUCGCCGCUUCCGGAGCCCACGGCCGCUUCUACAGGGUGCUUGCGAAGGACCGCUCGGCACCCGAUGGCGUGGCAGUGCCUGGGGUGCACGACAUGGACGUGGACUUGGACGCCGAAUACAUUACCGACAAACAGAAACGACAAAAACGGUACGACCAGGAGGACAUGGACCUCGACGGCCUAGCGGAGGAGACCCGGACCACUGAGAGGGCCAAGAGGACAGCCGCACGGGAGGCGGAAGACGCUAAAGUCCGUGACAGGAUCAAGAAAGCCCGGGGUGAAGUAGCGGCUGCGCCGGCAGAGCUACCAGGGACUGCAGGCCCAGCAGCCGCGCCAGCAGCAAAAGCAGCGGCCAAGCCCGCCGCGAAGCCGCCGCCCAAGCGGAAGAACCCGUUCGAAGCCAUCGACCCCGGUUCCAACGGAGGCGACUGCGGAUACCGGGCCCUGGCUGCGGGUUGGGCUCUGCUCGGGGGAGUCGCCAAGGCCACGCGGGAGAACACGCUGAACCCCGCCAAGCUCGAGAGAAUGGCGAAGACCCUAC